AUGUCUUUCUUUUACAAUUCAAUACCAAAAUGUUCGCCACAUUUUUGCCAACGUUUCAUACUUCCUUAUAGAAGAAUUCAUGUCACGCAAGCACAACAAUUAUAUGCUAUAUCGGCGUUGGGGAUUGACGGAUAUUUACAAUCUAGGAAAAGGACCCGGGAGCAAUUUUCUAAUUUUUCAGAUAAAUUUAGAACAAAAAUGACAGAAUUUGUAUCGGACUCAAAGAACAUGAUUUUCACUGAAGACCUGAAAAAUAUGAUUCAUAUAGCUGAACCAAGUGAUAUAGAUUUGGUCUUAAAUAUGAUAAAAAAGUUUAAUACCCAGAAGACAGAAUUUAGAUUUAGUUCCUUUAUUUUUGGACCAAUAGUAAUGAGAAUGUUCCAUUUUCUGGAUGCUCCCAAUGAGGCAAUCAAAUGUUUUGAUGAUCCAGUUAAUGAUGAUUUUUUUGCGCAAUUGGUGUCCUAUCAAAUUCUCUUGGACCUCCUAUAUAAUCAUGAAAUGUAUGAUGAAAUGCACAGGAUAUUUGAAAAGAUCCAACACAAACAAUUGAAUAUGACAAAGUUUCCCAAGUACUCAGUAGUUUUGAUAUUGGCCGCUUGCUAUAAACAGAACACACCAAAAAGUUUAGAGUAUGCCACAAAAUUAUGGUCUGAAAUGGCAGAUGUUGGUACUAUACCUGUGAGGAGAUCUGCUGCGUUUAUGGCUGCACUGGCUUUAAACCAAGGGGCACCACAUCUGGCAUUAGAGGCUGUGACUUUACAGAAACCUCACUACAUUACUAUAAGGAAUAUUAGGGCUAUAGCAUUAGCACAGUUGGACCGUCUAGAUGAUUCUUUAGCAGUAUUAAGAGGGGUUUUAGAAAUUGAUCGACCUGAACAGAAAGACAAACAUACAUUCUUUGAGGAAACAAUUUCCAAAGUAAAGCAAGCAGUAGAAAAAUCAGGCAACAAGGAUGUAUUAAAAGAAUAUGAAAAUAUUGAAAAAGCUCUUCGAGAUCAUGGGCUUAUUGACAAACAGACACUGGACCAAUUAAUUACAUCAGAUAUUACAUCAAGGUCAGAAAAGCAAAACCUACCAAGAGGGAUGCCAAGAACGCAAUAUGGAAACCGUCAGAAAAACAGAAACUUA